AUGGGUUACAAAGCUUCUUUAAAGCAACUUGAUGGAUGCUGCAAAGUGAUAAUAUCAAGAGGUCUUCAAUACAAAAACUAUUUGGCAUAUGAAAGUCAAGGAAUUUCUAUGUUGUAUGAAUGCUUGAUUCGUAGUGUGAUGCGUACACGUUCUGUGGUCGUAGAGAUUCGCAUGCACCUACACAUGGUAUACAAUUACCAUAUUCAGUCUUUUCUGUUAGAUUUCGGUCUAAUGGGGGAGAUUGAUGUAAGCCUCUUGGAGACAGAAGCGGAGGUGUUUACACCAAAGCUGGUCUCAACCAAACCAACUAGGGGGUAUGGGCCUCUCAGCGUUCAGUGGGAGCUUCUUUCUAGAGGCGCCAAUGAAAUACCACCACCCAUUUGGCCAACCCCCUGCAUCGGCAGCGGGUGGACAUGGCUUGGGAGUAACGCUGUUCACCGCAGACGAACUAGCCCGAAACCUUCCAUCGAAGCCUUCUCAUCCCUUGCGUGUGAGGCCGUGGAGUGCUCUUCCGCAACUUUGGCAUCUAUUCUAGAUCUGAGGUUGGGUGAUGAAAGAAGAACAGACAAGUUUGGUGAGCGCAGCAGCAAAAGCUAUGGAGUAUGCUGUUGUGACAUUCUUUUUCAAGCCACUCAGCCCGUGCGAGAGACUUAUGUCUGGGGUGGACCAAACCUUACCAUAAAGGUUGGACCAGAGUUCGGCCGUAGACCGUCGUGA